UCGGCGCGUACCAGUGAUAUUACGCGGGUGUCCUGCAGGUGUUGAUCCUGUUAUGUUCGGUGUCGUGUGUGCGCGCGGUUGAGUGAGGGUCCAGAGAUGGCAGAGGCAAAGUCCUCCACUCGGAAGCUGGGCAGAAAGCUGUCCCGGAGAUUAUCUUUGGUCACCAAGAUGCCCAACUUGAUAGGCUCCAAGCUCAAGUCGGACUUUGGCUCCAGAGAUUCCCUCGUGGUCAGGAGGGACCGCAGACUCCUGGAGAUAACGGUGAUCGCUCCGGAUAAGACACAGAGGAUUAUGUACAGCAGGUCCCCAGAGACCGUUUGUGGGAUGAUCUCCAUGUUGCUGGCCGAGUACUGUGUCGUCUCCCCCAGAUUGACUCUGGCCGGGUCCAGUGCUGAGGUCGACCCCACGGCGGACGUCGCGCUUCUAGAGGGCGACGUCCUAAUAGUGGAGGAGGGCUUCUGGAUCAGAGAUCGCCGCGGAGAUGCGGACCCGAGGUACCGGGUGUGCGAGGAGUGGAGCAGAGACGAGGAGCGCUACGUGGAGGCGCUGCGUAGUGCUGUAGAGUUGUACGGGUAUCCUCUCCGUCGCUCCGGAGCACUCACACCCCAACAGUACCAGAUGAUCUUUGAGCCUACAGCUACUCUGGCGUCUGCUUGUGCUAUACUACUGCAUCAGAUGAAAAACGUGCUGCUGACAUGGGACAGUCGUACUUCUACAGUGGGGGACCUGUUUAGUCGUCAAUGGUGGACGCAAUACGAGGAAUACCAGGACCUCUAUCGCAGGACUAGACAGUUCCUCCGAGACAAGACAGCUGCAGACGACGACUUCCCAGAGUUGUGCAAACUUCGCCGCGGCGCCGCCAAGUACUCCCUACCUGCACUGCUGCACUUACCGAUUCAGAGACUGGCAGAGUAUGUGCAGUACUUUGAGUCCGUACAGCGAGAGACUGAUCCUGACCAUGCAGAUCAUGACCACCUUCAACAUGCCAGCAACAGGGCCAAACAGGCGGUGAAGCGAGGCCAGGAGGAGAGUGAUCUCGAGAGGAUACAAGAUCUGUUCCCCAACGAUUGUCUGCGACUGUAUGACAAGGAUGUUGUAACCAUGAAGAUGAAAGGCCUGAUGCGUAAGAGGUCGAGCACGGCGGCUCGGCUACAGAGGGCGUUGUCCGCCAAGUCUCUGCGGCCAGAGUCACCCCCGCCCGCCCCUCGACCUCUCGCCCCCGCAGAGAAACGGACCUUCAUAAUGGAGGCUCCCGUCCAAUUUGUAGCGGGAGUGCAAAGUCAGGAGCGUCAUCUGUUCCUCUUCAACGACUUGCUGCUUGUCGCCAAGGCUCGGGCCGGGGGAAACUUCAAGCUGAAGGAGAAGGUGCGAGUGUCCGAGUUGUGGAUGAGUCGCAGCUCGCUGGACGAGGUUACGGAGCUCAACAAGUCAGCUGACACAAGCUUCGUCCUGGGCUGGCCAACUACUAACGUCGUAGCUACAUUUACGACGCAGGCUGCCAGGGACUUGUGGUGGAACACUCUGCAGGAUGUUCUCAACAAGGAGCGAGACAAGGAGCCGAGGUCCACCAACAUACAAGUUACCUACUACGACCUCUCUACCGCCAUUGAAUAUUGUAAGACGUUCAGUGUCGGGCCUGAUGAGACGGCCAGGGACUGUAUCCGUCUCGCCCUGGAGCACCUUGAGAUGAGGGGGUUGGACGCCUCACAGUUUCAGCUCUGGGCCAAGACUGCGAGGGAGGAGUCGCCAUACCCUCUGGUGGGUCAUGAACGUCCCUUUGCCAUCAAGCUGAGCUGUCUGCGUGACGGACUGAGCAGCGAGGAGGGCUUUGACCUAGACCACUGCAACAACUUGCACGACCCUCUGGCAAGGUGUCACUUCAUUCUCAGGAGUACGGCUAAGUCUUGUGAUGGAGAGGUGAAGAAGUCCUGCAAGAAGGCCGGAGGUCGGAUGAGGAUCGGCCAUGUCUUCCGCAGAAGCCUUAGCAAGGAGAGUUCAGGAUGCCUUUUUGGUCUUCCGCUCACCAAGAUUUGUGAGGGUGACAGCUUGCCAAGGCCUGUAAUGUCCAUGCUGCAGCAGCUGUUAGCCAAGGGUCCGUUCACUCAAGGCAUUUUCCGCAAGUCAGCUAACGCGCGGAUGGUGCGAGAGUUGCGGGACAAGCUGGACGCAGGGGAGGCUGUCACAUGGGACCACGUCCCGGUGUUGGUCACUGCGGCUCUGUUCAAGGACUUCCUGCGCUCUCUGCCCGAUCCUCUACUGUGCUCUUCACUCUACCCGCAGUGGAGGGACGCGAUAGACACUUCCAACACCCACCACAAACUGCUCAAGAUCAAAGGCAUCCUAGCUCAGCUGCCGAAGGUGAAUCACUCGCUGCUGUGCCACUUCCUGUGCGUGCUGCAUCAUAUCUCGCGCCGAGCGCCUCACAACCUCAUGUCCACCAGUAACCUCGGUGUGUGUGUCGGCCCCUCGCUGUUGUGGAGUGACGCCAUGUGUGUCACCGAGGAUCUGAGAGCUGUCCCCGUCCUGGUCGAGUGUCUGGUGUCGCAUUGUCAGGUGUUGUGCGGAUCUCAUGUACCCCACCUGCUCGGCGACCCUCGUGACAGCGGCACUGAGGAGAGCGACUCCAUGAGACGGGAUGACUCGUCCAUAGACAGCCUGGAGUGUAGUCCGCCGCCUCGCAAAGACAAGAUCUCUUUGUCUCGAGACUCUGGCCUCACCAUGUCAGACUCUCAGCUGUAUACUCCGGACGAGGAGGAAAGUGGCUCCACUAGUUCCAGUGGUUAUGACCCAGCCUUCGACAACCAUGCCAAGGUAACAUCCACAAUGUCUGGUCCGGCUGAGUACGUGAGGGUUUACGGAGGCUGGGAGGAGAGACUCAACCCAAACUUCCAGCGACAGGCUUGGUUCCGCCAGCGCUCCAGACGACUCAGCUCUGUACCCAACAACUCCAAGACUGAGGAAGCAGUGAGAAGAAGUGCCUCCGAGGAGUCGCUGCUAGACACUCCCCCUCCACCCACCCCUCCGCGCCGCAACAAGCCUGACAUGAAUGGCAAUCGGACUGAAGUCACUGGGAAGAGUUCCCCCAAGGAGCCUAUGAUGUAUGCAGACGACAAGUUUGGAAGGCAUCCACCUCUGAGGAAAGUGACGGCUGUUCAUUGUGAGGUUGUGGAUCAAACUCCGAGAUCAAGGUAUAAAGACCCACAUUCCCCCAUUUAUGGAGUGAACGGUGUGAAGAAGUUGUCCCUGAGUAGUGCAGAGUUGAACUUCAGUCCAUCCAAAUCUGAGCAGAGUUUUGUGUCGAGAGAUGGCAACUACUCUCCACAGAGGAUACAGGAGAUAUACUCUCCCAUCAAGUCGGAUCAAAGCUUUAACAGGAUCGAACAUUCCUACAGCUCGUCCAGUCUGCUCAACCACUCUAACACGAGUAGAUCCUCCGACUCAAACACCAUCUCGGACCACAGUACCUACAGCUCACCCAAGGUCGGGGACAAGGUCGUGUUGGGCUUCGGAUCCGGAGAUUACUACUACGCUUUGAAAGAAAAUGAAGAAGUGCAUAAUUCAGAGUGUGAUGAUUCAAGUACUCUUUCAGACGAUGACUGCACACCUCACGUCUCCAGAUCAAACUCACGAGGGAACGAGGUGACGACGAAACUGCGUCAUCUACCUCCUGUACACGUCGAGACUUGUUUUGUCCGAGGGAGACUGAAGCGCAAGGAAGAGAGAGCUGCUCACAGGUCACGAUCACUUCCCCCACCACCACCUUACAGGCCUCCGCCCCCCGCCACGCCUGCUACACAGAACCGCCGAGCCCCCAUCACAUCGUACUACCUGGGGGACUGCAGCCAGUCACAACGUUACAUCGUCACAAGAACUUUCAUGGACGAAGAGUCUUACGUCUGACAUUAGUUGAGAAAUGGUGCAUUGGCUCCAUGAAGUUCACCACGUUUAACCCGGUAAUGUUUUGUAUUGUGGACAUAGUAACUGAGCAAGUCAUGUUUAUAACCUAAUCUUUAACUGUUUUCACUGAUUGUAAUGAAAAUGCAAACCAAACUUUUUUCAAAGAGCAAGUAGUUUUCCUUAGUUUUUGUUCUAUUUAUAACAAGCUAUAAAUAUGUUUGUUUUAUUCAUUUUCAUUCGAAGGAGUCAUUUUGUAAAUACAUUCUGAAAUGCUCAACUCGUUAAGUUUUCAGUUAUUUAGUAUUUUAAUGACAGGAAGUAUCUUUGCUUAUUAAGUCUUAGGUACUAUAAUGAACAUCUCAAGACUGCGUAUUAUACAUAUAAAUUCAGAUUUGUGUCAUUUCUAUUUGUACAUUUUGAUUUGGUGUUUGAUGUUACCUUUAUAAUGAUUUUAAGCUAAUUUAGGUUUCUUACCUUAGUAUAUGUUUAAAUUCGCUGUAUAGUAAUUGAAUUGCAGGCACGACUACUUAACAAUUGCGUUUCAGUUAUGGUUCUUUUCAUCCAUGUCGUUAUUUAAUUUUUUCUUUAAUCUCAACAAAGGAGGUUUUCUUUUUAAUGAGUCAAGUCAGGAAUAUUUGACAUGUUGAAAUGAUAACAAAACGAAGCGACUGGCUACAUGACAUGGAACAGCAUCGGGACUAUGAAAUUAUAAUUGUUAUUUGUUACGUCAUUUUCUACGAAGUAAUACAAGUUUAUAUUAAUGAUAAUGUACAAAUAUAAGAUAAAUAUUUAGUCUUCCAGUUAGUGUUGACCAAGAUCUGUGAUUCAGAUGUAAAUAGUUUAGUGUAAAUCAAAUAGUCUAUGAGUUAAUUACCAAAUUACAAUUGUAAAUGACAAAUGUUUGGCCAUAUUAUACACGGCUUGUUUUUAUAUUAAGAACAUUGUGUAUAAUGUAUUUUUGAAACUUGUAAAUAUGACAGUCACUAGUUAAGCGUUACAAUAAGAAAUUUGUUUUUUUGUUAUGUGAAAGAUUAAAUUCAUAUAUUCUGCAA